GUCGGAAGACUAUAGAGUGGGAACUCUGGGAGGUGGCGGUCCGGAAUCUAAGCGACGGGGCGAGACGGGGCGAGACGGGGCCGGUAGGUGGCAGGAGGGGGCCGGGCCGGAGCCGGCGGGAGGGCCAGGCCCCGAGGCCCCCGCCCUGGCUUGCCCGCCCUGGCCGCAGAGGAGAAAAAGGAGGAUGAUCUCCAGAUACACUCGGAAGGCCGUGCCGCAGAGCGUGGAGCUGAAAGGACUAACAAAGCACGCUCUUAACCACCACCCCCUUCCAGAGCGACUGGAUGACAUUUCCUCUACCAACAACAGCCAUGGAAAAGAUACAAGUUCUCACAGUGAAUCUGACAUCACCCAAGAAUCACCCAUUACAUCAACUGACACUGGGAAUUCGAAUUCGCGUUCUGCUUUUCCAAGCUACGCAGGCACAGGGGUCUCAACAGAAGGCAGCUCCGACUUCUCUUGGGGAUAUGGUGAACUUGACCAGAAUGCCACUGAGAAAGUGCAGGCCAUGUUUACAGCCAUCGACGAGCUCCUGUAUGAGCAGCAGCUGAGCGCACACACACAGGGCCUGCAGAAAGAGUGCCAGCAGUGGGCGGCCAGCUUCCCUCACCUCAGGAUUCUGGGUAGGCAGAUAAUUACUCCGAGUGAAGGCUAUGGAUUGUACCCUCGAUCCCCUUCUGCUGUGUCAGCUUCACAUGAAGCAACCUUGUCUCAAGAAAGAGAGUCUACCAUAUUUGGUAUAAGGGGAAAGAAGUUACAUUUUUCAUCUUCUUAUAAACCAUCCCCCACCAUCAAAGCCUCCGGCUUGUGUGCAGUUGGAGGAGAGGAGGCAGACUGUAUAAUCUUUUCUGAAGGGGUAAUCGAGGAGUACCUAGCUUUUGACCACACGGAUAUGGAAGAGGGAUUUCAUGGAAACAAAUCAGAAGCAGCUACAGAGAAACAGAAGUUAGGGUACCCUCCCAUUGCGCCAUUUCACUGCAUGAAAGAGGAUGUUCUUGCUCAUGUGUUUGACAACGUGUGGAGCAAGGCUGUGGGCUGUAUGGAGCAGUUGACGCGUAGUCACUGGGAGGGAUGUGCUUCUGAGAAGAGGCCGAAUGAGAACACAGCAAGCAGGUGGCCAUCUGCAAGCCAGAAAGAAGCCAUAAGAGAGCCCAGCCCUGAUGGCAGCUUGAUCUUGGACCCCAGAACUAGCCCUCAAAUAAUUUAGGCCAUCCUCUCUGAAGCUCAUGCUGCCCUGGGUAUGUGUACCACUGUGCUUUUGUUGUGUCUGUCUGCCUGGAAUAGCCUCUGUCUCUCUCCUCCUCCCCCUUAAUGCCCAUACUCAAAUCUAUAUUAAUAAAAUUAUUUUUAAUAAACCCCAACCUUGCUUGAAAUUUCUUUUUUCCCCUUUGUUUUCUCUGUGACCCUGCAUGCUGUGCCUUCUCAUUCAUCGGUCUCGUCUGCGCUUUAAGCUACUAACUUUAUUCACUGUACGUCACUGGUGUGAGCUCAGAGUUGACCUGUAGGAUCUUUAUACUUCCAUGCCUCCAUCUCAUAAUUUGAAACAAUAGAAUAAUGCUGGGUGUUUUAUUACACGCCUGUAUUGCCAAUACUCAAAGGCUGAAGUAGAAGGAUGCUGAGUUCAAGACCAACCUGGACUAUGUAGUGAGACCCUGGCAAAAGGUGGGAGGUAGAGGAACUUGAAAUCUGUCACUACCUGCGGUCUUCUGACACCCUCUCACUGUGAGCUGUAGUUUCCUGUCUUUUACUUUUGAGUUUUUGAUCUUGGAAAUUAUCUUAGGCAAUUGUAGGCCGUAUCUUAUUUGUUUACAUUUCCAGGAUUUGUUGCAUUGUUAUCCAUUGUCCACUGUAUGAGCGCACGCCCGUGUUUCAUGGCUUUAUUGGCUGUUGUAAGCAAGUGAGUGAGUAAAGCCUGUCACUGUUGCAUCUUGUCCAGGAGCAAACGUCUAGCAAAUAGGUUUUUGAAACCAUACAGAUCGGGCUCAAAUUGACUAGGUAGCAGGGUACAAGUACUCUUAGUUGCUGAGCCAUCUUUCCAGCCUCAAAUCGAAUACUUUUGAAGUGGGGAUGUAGCUCAGUGUUAGAGCACUUUCCUAGCACGUGCUAGGUUCUGAGUUCAAUACCAAAUACUGCAUACAAAUAAAAUAAUUUUAAAGUAGAUAUUCCUGAAUGAACAGCAUCCAAAUCCAGAAUAGAAUGCUACCGACACUCCAGAAGCCCCUCUUGACUUCCAACACCACAGAUUAAUUUUGUUUUAAAUUUAUGUAAGAAUAAGCCAGGCGUGAUGGUAUAUGCAUAUGAUCCCAGCAUAAGAGGCAAAGGAGGGGAAUCGGGAGUUUCAACCCACUUAACUACAUAGAACCCAACACUUCCCAAAGCUAGGAGUGGUGACAUACCCCUUUAAUCCCACCACUUGGGAGGCAGAAGAUCGAAGCCAGCCUGGUCUACAGAAUGAGUUCCAGGACAGUCAGGGCUAUACAGAGAAACCCUGUCCCUCCUCCCUCCAAAAUGAACAAACAAAAAGAAACCAUUUCCCUAAACCAGGUAUAGAGGGACACACCUUUACUUCUCAGUACUUGGGAGACAGAGACAGGAGAAUCUCUGCGAAUUCAAGGAUACAAAGAUACUAUCUCAAAAAUAAAAGAGAGAGAGAGAGAGAGAAAAGGAAAAGAAAAAAAAACCUUCCCUCAGUUAUUUGGGUAGUUGAUGGUUUUUGUGUAUACACACACACAUAGAAUUGGUAGGUCAUGUGAUAAACUAUGCCAAUAUCAGUAGCAUCUCCCCCCAGAUUUUUCUAAUGUGACUUUAUUUAUGCAUACUCUCUCAGCUAUUGUGAAUUCCAGUUGUCCAACCUUUGCUGUGUUUGUUGUUGUCUAUGUGUAUUCCCUUCUGAGAUCCAAGAGAACAGAACUAAUACUCUUCAUUUAAUGACCUGGUCAGGGCCAGUGAGAGGGCUCAGCAGGUAGAAAUGUUUGUGUGCAAGCCUGAUAACCUUUGUCCAAUCCCCCAAUCUCAUGAUGGGGCAAGAAAGAGCUGACUCCUUAACGUUGCUCUCUGACCUCUGCGCAUGCCUACGCACUCGCCUUGGCAUGUGCACACGCUCACUUCCCCACCCCUUCAUAGACAAACCCAGUGGGAGAUAAAGCAGCUGCUUAGCUUGUAGUGGCGCACACCUAGAUCUUAGCACUUUGGUGGAGGAAGGAAGAUGAGGAACUGAAAAUCAGGCCUGGCAACAUAAAACGCUAUUUCUAAAAUAUAAAUUCAGUGAGUUGACUUAAAGGCCCUGAAAGAGAGUGCCCUUUUGUCACACAGAGCCAGACAAACCCUUUUCCUUUUUUUUUUUUUUUUUUUUUUUUUUUUUGGUUUUUUGAGACAGGGUUUCUCUGUGUAGCUCUGGCUGUCCUGGAAUUCACUUUGUAGACCAGGCUGGCCUCGAACUCAGAAAUCCGCCUGCCUCUGCCUCCCAAGUGCUGGGAUUAAAGGCGUGCGCCACCACACCCGGCUGACAAACCCUUUUCAAGGACAGUUAUUCAUUCUCAGUGCCACUUUGCUCUGCCCUCCAGACUAAAGGAAGCUGGGAACAGCCUGUAAAAGAACACUCCCGUACUUGGUGCAAAGAUAACACUUGCAUGCAGGGCUCCCAUAGACCAAGUGGCUCUUUGCAUGAGAGCAAACUGGCCUGGAACAAACCAAUAGAGUGACAUCUUCUCCCAGUACAGAAGGAGGGAAGCUAAUCUAGUUUGCUUUUGUUGCUGUGAUAAACACCAUGACCAAAGGCAACUUGGGGAAGAAAGGGUGGAAUUUGUCCUGGUCUUAGUCACCAGGGAAAACAAGGUAGGAACUGAAGCAAAAGCCAUGGAGUAGUGCUGCCUUCUGGUUUGUUCUCCAUAGCUUGUUCAACCUUUCUUUCCCCUUUUUUUUUUUAAGAUUAUUUUUAUUUUAUUUUUAUGUGUACAUGUAUUUGCCUGCAUGCAUGUCUAUGCACCAUUUGCAUGCAAUAUUUGUAGAGGCCAGGAAGGUGGUGUGAGACCCCCUGAGACUAGAGUUAUAAGCAAUUUUGAGCCAUCUAGCAGUCUUAACCUACUUUCUUAUACACCCCAGAAUCAUUUGUCCAGGGGUAGCACCACCCACAUCAAUCAUUAAUCCAAAAAAAUGCUGCAGAUCCAUAUCUAUAAACCAGUCAUAUGGAAGCAGUUCCUCAAUUGAGUUCCCUCUUUCCAGGUGACCCUAAAUUGUGUUGACAAAAAAACUAGCCUGCAGUUUAGUCACGUGACAAUCUGUUCUGCUUUAUGUUUGUCUGUAAGCCAAAAGUGUAUAAAACUGAGUAGUGCAACCAGUGGUUUUUAUGUGCAUUAGUUUUUUGUCUGCAUAUGUCUGUGUAAGGGUGUCAGAUCCCCUGGAAUUAGAGUUAAAGACAAGUGUGAGCUGCUGUGUGGGUGUUAGGAAUUGAACCCAGGUGCUCUGGAAGAGCAGCCAGUGCUCUUAACCACUGAACCAUCUUUCCAGCCCAUAACCGGUGUUCUUACCGCUCACAAGUGCAGAUGGAUAAGAAGGGCCUCAGUUUCUUGCAGGAGCUUCAGCAUUUGUUUGCACAUAAAACUUAAUUCCCUGCCAUCCUCACCCAGGGCACUUUGGCUCAGCCAUGCUAAAGAUACACAGAGCUAACUAGAGCCCUCGGAGGCCUCAGAGCUUCUGUUUGUUACAGUUCUCAAUCACUAGGAAGAAAAUACUUAGCUUUAAAUCAUUACCAUGGCUUGACCCUGACUUGCUAAUGGGGAACAAGGUUCACUGCUAAUUGUUUAUAAAGAGAUGGACCACCUCUGAGUUAGAUAGUGAACCAAAUGAUGAUAAUGGAAACGAUUUAGAGGCAGGGAAGACUACAAGAGUUCAUACUGGUUUCACUGGGAAACAUGAUUUGUCCUCAAGCUCAUUUUUAAUUAUACUUAAUGUUGAAAAGUGCAGAAAUCCCAGUUCAUGGUGGUGAGGCUCUGAGAGUAAAGGAGCUUGCUGCCAAGGCUGCCAGCCUGAGUGUGAGUCCCCAGAGCCCACCUGGUGAAAGGAGCCAGCUGUCAAGGUGUCCUCUGAUAGGACUCCCUAGGAGCCCCACGGUACAGGUACAUGCAUACAAA